CCGGGAAGAAGAAGCGUCAGUUGGCAAAAUUGCAAUUGUUUAUUGUUGUUAAACUGGUUUAAUAAAAAGUACACCUGUUAAAGAGCCAAAGAAUGUCAGAAGAAGCGGCCAGCACGUCGGCCUUUGGCUUCAAGAAGCGAAACAUCAAGAAGGGAGCAGGAAUUCGUCGCAAAAAGGAAUCUAGCAGUAAUGAAUCUGCAAAAAGCAGCGAUGAAGAGACUAAAGGCAAAGCCAGUGCCCUAGUGCGAGCCGAGAACCGUCGAAAGCGGACCAAUCCCAACUUUCAGAGCACCAAGACUCUCAGCAAAGCGAAGAGACAAGCAGGAGCACCCGGUGAAGAUUGCUCAUCCUCCGCCUCUGACGAUGAUAAACUGGGCAUUGCGUACAAAUCCAAACGCGAGGCGCUGCCCAGCGGACCCCAAGAUCAGGGAGCCACAUCCAUUAAUGAAGUGGACACUGAAUUGGAUCGCGAUGCGCAGGCCAUUCACGCGAGAGCCUUGAAAAUCAACGAGGAGCUGGAGGGCAAGGCGGACGAUAAGAUCUAUCGCGGACUCAAUAACUAUGCGCAGUACUACAAAAAACAGGAUACAGCGGCAGGGAAUGCCAGCUCCGGAAUGGUACGAAGUGGUCCUAUUAGGGCUCCUGCCCAUCUUAGAGCAACUGUCAGGUGGGAUUAUCAGCCGGAUAUCUGCAAGGACUACAAGGAAACAGGAUACUGCGGCUUUGGCGACAGCUGUAAGUUUCUGCACGAUCGCAGUGAUUACAAGGCGGGCUGGCAACUGGAAAUGGAUCAUGAGAAUCAGCGAACGGGUGAUGUGGACUCCGAUGGCGAUGAUGGCAAGUAUGAGAUUCACUCUGAUGAAGAAACACUGCCUUUCAAGUGCCACAUCUGCCGUCAGAGUUUUGUCAAUCCCGUGGUAACAAAGUGCAAGCACUAUUUCUGUGAAAAGUGCGCCUUGGCCCAGUACAAAAAGUCACAACGCUGCAUCAUCUGCUCUCAGCAAACAAAUGGGAUUUUCAAUCCCGCAAAAGAACUGAUAGCUCGUCUCAAGACGAAUCCAAUAGAAAACUCAGAUAGCGAUGAGGAGGAACUUGGAGCCAAUGAGGAUAAACCUCGAGCAGAGGAAGAGGCACAGGAGAUAUCUUCCGAUGAUAGUGAUUAAUUAAAAUUCAAAUCAUGUGGCUUAUAGGCCACUAAAAAUCCUAGAGUCGAAACCACUGCCCACUACUAAAGAAACUAACGGUUCGGGGGGUGAAAAUUAAUUAGACAAUAACGUAUUUUUAUUAGAAAUAAAUAUUUGAUUAAAUGUUUUAAAUAAAA